AUGGGCUCUAUUAAUGCCCCUGGCUAUAAUGCCAUUAUUUACAUGACCUACGUGUUCUUGCUAUUCACGGGAUUACUACUUGCUUGGAAAUAUGGCAAACAAAGUAAUUUCUUGUCCAGUAACAACACACAAAGAGGUCUUCCCCUUGCGGUAAAUUUCAUCGCAUCAGCGAUGGGAUGUGGAAUAUUGACGACAUAUGCUCAGAUUGGAAACGUGAGUGGGCUUCAUGGCCUUUUGGUCUAUACCCUUUCGGGAUCUCUACCCAUUCUUAUGUUUGCUUCAGUUGGUCCGCUCAUUCGUCGCAAAUGUCCUGAGGGCUUCGUCUUCACAGAAUGGGUAAGGCAACGUUAUGGUAUUGUUACUUCGUUAUAUCUUUCGUUUUUCACCUGUCUUACCAUGUUUUUGUUCAUCAUAGGUGAACUUUCGGCUGUUCGUGGUGCGAUUGAAACAUUGACAGGGCUCGAUGCUUUGGCUGCUGUGAUUGUAGAAUGUGUCGUCACAACGAUCUACACCUCUUUUGGAGGCUUCAGAGUCAGCUUUAUAACGGACAACUUUCAAGGCGCAUUAGUGAUAAUCUUGGUUAUUAUCUGUGCCGCAGGAAUGGGCUCCUAUAUCAACAUUGAUACAUCUCAGGUGGAUCCGUCUGGUUUGCUCAAAGCCAACAAAUUGGGAUGGCAGUUGGUAUGGAUUUUGCCAGUUGCGAUCUUCACCAAUGACUGCUUCAUGGCUGGCUUUUGGUUGAGAACUUUUGCAAGUAAGAGCAACAAGGAUUUGUGGAUCGGAUGCUCUAUCGCAGCAUUUGUUACCUUCGUCAUUUGCACUUUGGUCGGCACGACAGGAUUUCUAGCUGUAUGGUCCGGUGAUCUUACAGUCGGUGACGAGAACGGGUACAACGCUUUUUUCAUUUUGUUAGCGAAGAUGCCAGCAUGGCUCUCAGCAUUCGUUUUGAUUUUUGUCAUUUGCUUAUCGACAUGUACACUUGAUUCGUUGCAAAGUGCUAUGGUCUCGACUAUUUCUAAUGAUGUUUUCAGAAACAAAUUGAAAAUGAUAUGGGUUAGAGGGUUGGUUGUGCUCGUCAUCAUCCCAUGUAUUGUCCUAGCAGUCAAAGUUGCUGAUGACAUUCUACAGAUUUAUUUGAUUGCAGACUUGGUUUCCGCGGCUAUCAUUCCAAGCAUCUUCCUUGGUCUCACAGAUAGAGCGUUUUGGUUUUUGAGGGGCAUCGACGUCAUGAUUGGUGGACUUGGGGCUUUAUUGGGUGUGUUCGUCUUUGGUACAGUUUACUACGACAGCGCCAAAGAAGGUGGCAAACUCAUGCUUAUUUGGAAUGGUCUCUACAACUCGGAGGACUGGGGUCCGUUUGGCGCUUUCACAGUCACAUUUUGCGGAGGUGUCAUCUUUGCCCUUUUGUUUGCCGGGCUCAGAAUUGGCUUGAUUUAUAUGUUCUGCAGAGCUACUGGCUCAGAAUUCCGUGCUUUGGAGAAAAAAGAAUUGAUUCUUGAUAUCACUCACGAAGAAUCACCAUCCGCUGACGACCACAGCAUCAGGAAAGUAUCUCUGCAAGAUGUCUGA